AUGGAAACUAUGAGAAUUCUUAUACUCAUUUCAUUAGCUGCUGCCAUUGUUCAAUCAGAAUAUUAUGCCAAUUACAACGAUCCAUUGACAAGAGAUUCCAUGAAUUUCGAAAAACGAGCGGUGCCAUCUAUGCGCAAUAUGAUCAAUUUAAACAAAAGAAGUGACAGUGACAACGGCGCAUUUGACCGCGAGUUUCUCCAUUUCGGCAAACGAGAGGUGCCAUCUAAGCACAAUAUGAUCAAUUUAAACAAAAGAAGUGACAGUGACAAAGGCGCAUUUGACCGCGAGUUUCUCCAUUUCGGCAAACGAGAGGUGCCAUCUAAGCACAAUAUGAUCAAUUUAAACAAAAGAAGUGACAGUGACAACGGCGCAUUUGACCGCGAGUUUCUCCAUUUCGGCAAACGAGAGGUGCCAUCUAAGCACAAUAUGAUCAAUUUAAACAAAAGAAGUGACAGUGACAAAGGCGCAUUUGACCGCGAGUUUCUCCAUUUCGGCAAACGAGAGGUGCCAUCUAAGCACAAUAUGAUCAAUUUAAACAAAAGAAGUGACAGUAACAGCGGCGCAUUUGACCGCGAGUUUCUCCAUUUCGGCAAAAGAUAA